UUUUGGCGAUGGCGUCGUGGUGCUGUGGAGCGGUCUCCAAUCUCGGUAGCGGCGGCUAUGGCGUGGCGUCUCACAAUACGAGGAUCCGGGGCGGCUCUUUGCGGUGCGCUGCCGCCGGUCGCGAUGACGAUGGAGGGAAGUCAGAAUCCAAGCCCUGGCAAUCUCGAGCGGCCGCAUUCACGCUCGCGGCGACAGUUCUUGCGACGGGUAUGAAUGCCGGGGCGGAGCUGAAUAAAUUCGAGGCCGAAUCUCGAGGGGAGUUUGGCAUAGGAUCAGCAGCGCAAUUUGGCUCGGCAGAUUUAAGGCAGACAAGCCACGCAAACGAGAAUUUCAGGAGAGCAAAUUUUACAUCGGCUGAUAUGAGAGAAGCGGACUUCAGUGGGAGCACAUUCAACGGUGGCUAUCUCGAGAAGGCUGUUGCAUAUCGCACGAAUUUUAGCGGUGCGGAUUUGAGCGACACUCUUAUGGACCGGAUGGUGCUCAACGAAGCAGACUUGACCAAUGCACUCCUCGUCAGAGCCGUUCUUACCCGCAGUGAUCUUGGUGGUGCCAAAAUCGAGGGUGCCGACUUCAGUGAUGCUGUCCUAGAUCUUGCACAAAAACAAGCUUUGUGUAAAUACGCGAACGGAGUGAAUCCGGUCACCGGCAUGGACACGCGAAAAAGCCUUGGCUGCGGGAACGCUCGGCGAAAUGCCUACGGUACACCGUCCGCUCCAAUCUUGAGUGCCCCACCCGAGAGGCUUCUCGACAAGGAUGGAUUCUGUGACGACGCGACUGGCAAGUGUGCAAGAACACCUUAAACGCUUGGGCAAUGGAGAUGUAUGCAUAGCUGCAAUGCCGGUGCCGGGGCGCUAUCGGAUACACGUGAAGGGCAUAAUUCAGGGAUUGUGGGUGAGUCGUUUGCCAAGGUAACGAGUUUUCUCAAUACAAAA